CUUUAUUAACAGUUUGCAUUUUGCAUUCUGAUUUCUGAAGUCUGAACCAACUGAACUAGCUGUGGUAGCAACUCUGUCGAUAGUCGUUAUUAGAUGAGAAUUUAAAACCAAUUUAUUGACCUUAAUUACAUCGUGCUCAGGUACCUAGUAAUAAGAUGUCUGCAUAUGAAACUGAAACUUACUUUACAGGAAACGAGACUUUCGCUUCCUACCCACAACAGUCGUGGUCGAAAGUCGGUGAUUUUACACCAUUUUAUAUCACGAUAGCAAUUUGUUCUGUUAUUCUCGGAUCAAUAAUUAUCCUGAACUUCGUUUGCUGUGGCUCAAGAUACUCCGAUUAUUGGCUUGAUAGACAUACUGGAAAUCGUUGGAUAGUAUCAAUUUGGUCAGCGACACCCCACAAGCAGCCCCCACUGGACAUAGUUGAGCUUGAUACCAUUUCCAUAAAAGCCGAUUUGAAUACUUACCCACAAGCAUAUGAAGUAAUCCAGAAACACUUCGAAGUUGCCGCGUCUAAAUCAAGACAACCUAUAACUUCAUCACAGGAAUAUCUUGAACUACAUAAGAGAGAAAGCGAUAUAUAA